GAGUCCCGUUGUUUGUCGCCUCACUGCUGUACGAUGGGUUCGUCCCGUCUCAGGACAUCCCGCUCAGUACAGCAGCCUGGUGACGUAAACAUGUUUGUGUUGUGACUGGUGAGUGUGCGCGAGCUGCAGGAGGACGGAGCGCGUGCCCACUGGGGGGCAAUGCUACUUGUUCUCUUCCCCCCUUCAGCACAUAGUGGACCGGCCCACGACAGAGCAACAGGGAAACAGCCUCCUCUCCUCCUCCUCCUCCUCUUCUCCUGCUCCUUCAUCGCUCCGAGCGGCUCGGCUUCUCUGCUGGAUGUUUUCACUCUGAGCUCCGGGCCGCUGUUUCCAGCUGGUUUAAACUGAGCAGAAGGGCAGUCUCUCUACAGCCAUGCAAAAGGUGGAGGGACGUGUAACUCCUGUUAUCCUUCCAUCAUCUAGGGGCCCGAGCGCUCCAGGGUCUCCUGCCACUGGCAUCAUGGCUCGUCUGAAUGACCAGAUGGUUGGCUACAAAGACCUUGCUGCACUGCCCAGAGAUAAAGCCAUCCUGCAGGUGGAAAGGCCUGACCUGAUGACCUAUCAGCCCCACCUGACCUUCUCACCACUCGACCCGCCACGCAGAGAGCGCUCUCUGUCCCCUCCUGCCAUGUCUCCCUCCAGGUCUCCUGAGGUGAAAGGCCGCAGAGCAGAGAGCGACAGUGGCUCCCCUGGAGGAUCCACGCUGCAACUGCAGGCAGGUCGCAAGAUAAGCACCAGCCUGCAGCAUUUCCAUCGACCAGAUAACGGCUCCAACAUCUACAGGAAGCCUCCGAUCUACAAACACGACCUUAACAAACCGUCAGAGGGCAGCGGGGUCAUUCAGUCUGCCAAGUUCCCCGCCGCCCAGCCUCCAGACCCCAACCAGCCCUCCAAGAUUGAGACAGAGUACUGGCCCUGCCCACCUUCACUGGCUGCUAUGGAGAUCGAGUGGAGGAAGAAGAAACUUCAGGAAGAAGAUGAGUUUGAAGACGUGACAGAAGAAGAGCAGGAGCAGCAGGAGCCUGAGCUGGAGAAGAUCAAGUCCAACCUGGGCCGUCUGAUCCUGAAGGAGGAGAAGGAGAAAAGCGUUCACAUCAGGAGGAAGACGCAGUCUCUGCCAGACAGAACACACAUGCACAGCACAGGUGUGUCAGCCAGUGCGUCAAAGUCUCCGUCCCGCUCCGCCCUGACCAGAAUGCAGUCGGCAGAGUUUUCUACAGACGGAGAUAAAGGACGGCCAGCUGCUCAGAAUGGAGAGAGCCGGAGAGAUCGCAUGGAUAGAGGAAAUUCCCUGCCGAGCAUCCUGGAGCAGAAGAUUUAUCCAUACGAAGCCCUGAUUGUAACCCACAGAGGGCGCUGUAAGCUGCCCCCUGGAGUGGACCGGACCCGACUGGAGAGGCAUCUCUCCCAGGAGGAGUUCCAGGAGGUGUUCGGGAUGCCCAUCGGCGAGUUUGACCGCCUGUCGUUAUGGAGACGAAACGAACUGAAGAAAAAAGCCUCACUUUUCUAACAGGAAGUGACCUAAUUCCCAACUAAUACUUGAUGAAGCCUCUCCUCUGCAAGGAGGAGGAGCCAAAGAACAGGCCAUACCGUCAGCUAUCCAAUCAGCAGAUCAGCAGACCCCUCCCCUACACUAAUAACCCCCCCCUGGAAGACUGGAUCAGAACAUCUAAUGACAACCAGUUCUGCUCAGAUCUAAACUUAAGCGAUGCUCUAACGUGUUACCAAUACUGCACUUAUAACCACCACUGCUUGCAAACCAUUCCUAUCAUAUAUCCUUCAUCAUCAUCAUCAUCAUCAUCAUCAUCAUCAUCAUCAUCAUCAUCAUCAUUAUCACCAUUGUUAAUGUGACAUUUAGUCUCAGAGUUACACUUCCAGAGGUCUCCAUCUUGAAGAGAGAUCAGUGGUUAUCUUUAGGAAGAACUCAGGUUUGUUGGUACCAUGAAGUUGCUGCUAAUCUGUGGGUUCAAAAGAGGCCGACUGCUGACCAGUAGCUGCUUCCUACAGGAGUCCCUCAGUCUGUCCAUCCAAGACCUGUUGUUGUGUGUUACACUUACUUUCCUUCUCCAUUAUUCUUACUGUCAGUUAUUUCUAAAGUGGUACUUUAAGAGUAUCUGGGGGUUUUUUUUUACAACUGGAGAGGUAGCUUAACGUCUUCCUGCAGAUGCUUGAGCUGGCAUUACUUUCUUAUUUUGCUGUGUAUGUUGGCAUAUCUAAAGUCCAGUCUUUCAUAGGUCAAAACGUUAACAAAUGAACAUCAAGUCCUUUCUUAUCUAUAAAGGAAAUGUGUUGCCACUGUUUUGUACAGAGUGUGUGUUAGGAUGAAGAAUGUUACUGCGUAAGGACCAAGUUGUAUAAAUGUGAAACGUAUUAUUUUUUUCCUUACUUAAUGAUUAUCUGACCAUGUUAGGAUGAUGUGUAAUGAUCUAUAGUCAGUAACACACAAUGAUUAUAAGCUGAACUGAUCAGAAAGUUGCUUAACCUGCCAUCUUGUUGCAGCUACUUUGAAGAUUCAGCAAACUGAGACACACUCUUCAGUACCGACUGAGAGUCUGCAUGAUGUAACAUGAGAUCAAGUCAAAUUAUUACAUAUAUGGAUAAGCUGUAUUGAGUAUAAACUUAUUUAACUUCUGCACAAUACAUGAAUGGUGUCUCAGAACUGUGACUCUUAUGUCAUGAAAUAUUGUUCAAAAAUGUUGUAGCAAGCCGGUCGAACUGUACUAGAGGUGAAGAGGUGACUGUUGUCCAAGCUGCACAUCUUCCUACUCCAUAGAAACUCAAGGUAGAUAUGGGACAGUGUGAUGGAUUUAUAAAUAAGAAACACAAACCAUGAAAAAAUACAGAAAAAUCACACAAAUGUCAGAUUUUUUUUACAGAGGAACCACUCCAUUUUUUUAUUGACAUUGAAAUAUUAUCACAAUAUUCUAAUCGCUUUCAGUAUCAUAUAUUUUCAGGCGUUAGUUCUUUCUGAUUGUCACACUUUAAAAAACGGGGAAAAAAGAAAAAAAAAAAAAAACAUGUUAAUGCCUUUAUUUGUAAAGAAAACAUACUAAUAAUGAGCUCCUGGUGAAUUACUAAAAAUCCUAAGUUCCAAAAGGUUAGUUUUUGUUAGUGAGCUUCUUUAACUUCUAGAUGUUUUUGAGAGAUUCCUGCUCUGCUGGGGUUCACUGAGCCAGCUGCUUUAACCCAGCCCUGCUUCUUUCUUUAACUCAGCUUCUGAAUUGAAAUCAAUAAUAUUGAGAUGAAGCCUGAUGCACAUAGAUACAAGGAGAAACCUGUGGAGUUUUAUCAUACAGUUAGAAAUGACCAAAAUCGAUUGGACUACUGUGUUUCUAUUAGGAUACAGAGUGUUUUCUUUUAGUAACAUUCAGAACAUCAGUGGGCCACUCUGACUGGUACUUCAAUUAGUACAGGUAUGCUUUAGUUUGACCUUAAUUGUAUUAUUAUUAUUAUUGUUAAUAGUAGUUGUUGUAGUAGUAGUAGUUGUAGCAGUGUUAAAUGCAUGACCCUAAAGCUAAAGACAAUAUUCCGUAGUCAGCCUAAUCCCAAACAUUGAUACAUUAAAACAAGCCAACCUGCUAAAACUAUUAAGGACCCAACUUUAGAAAAGGAAGAUUUUUUCUCUCUCUCAAUAAAAACAAUGACCUUUAAUAUAAUGCAAGGUAAGAAGGUUAUGAGAACAUUUUCAGGAAGGGUUGUUAAAAAGUUGGGUACAACCUUGAGCAGAUGUCCCUGAAUGUUUUGUGAGUAAAGUAUUAAAAUAAAAUGUUUGAGAAACAAUAAUAGAAGGUUCUUUUCUUGCCCUACAGUGAAUGUUAGAAGUGGAAGAAAAGUUUCAGAGAGGAAUCACUCAAGGUCACAAAUCAUGUUCAGUUAUCCUUCAGCAACCUUUCCUAAAUGCUUUCUUUUUUUUUUUUUUUUUAGCUAACACUUACAUUAGCUCACCAGGACUGUUUCUCUCUUCAUCCAAGCCAAGGUCAGAACUGAACCAUAGAACUGAACUGGGUCACAGUUUGAGAGGGAAUAGGGAUUGGGUGGAAAUCUGCUUGCAGUUUAGUUGUAAUAUUAAGACUUUCUCUGCCACGUUAUAUUUCACAGGCAAUCCAAAAGAGAGCAAUCUAAGAUUUGGAGAAGCCAUUCUGCCUGUGUGAACUCACAUGAAACUGGAAGCAGCUUCAUGGUACCAGUCCAGUCUCUUCCUGAUCCAACUCUGACAGCUUCCUGCUCUGUAACUUGAAUGAUGGCCGACUGAAGGAGUCUCCACCUCGUUCAGUAGCCGAUUGUGAAUUUAUUUAUUUCAGGCAGCUUUAUUUAUAGAUUGUGUUUUUACUGUGAACCAUUUUGUUGGAGACUAUAGUCCUUUAAUGAGCACUGAUGUUAAUAUUCAACACAUUAAAGGGGCGUUUUUUGUUCAUUAGGGCAUCACUGGUACCAGUAAAGGACACUGUGCUCAGUUUGUGUCAUAUGACUCGAAUAAAUCUGUGGAACUGAAAA